AUGGCCUUUGCAGCCUCCCUGGCUGAGCUCCACGCAGAGGCCAGCUGUCCCCUCUGCCUGGAUUACCUGAGAGACCCAGUGACCAUUGCCUGCGGGCACAACUUCUGUCUCCAGUGCAUCCAGCAGUGCUGGGAGGAUCUCCAGCACAUCCUCCCCUGUCCUGUCUGCCUCCACCACUGCCCCGACAGGAACUUCAGGAGGAACACGCAGUUAUGUCACGUGACUGGUUUUGUCCGGCAGCUUCCCGGCGCCAGGAGCAAGAGGAAACUGCAGGACGAGAGACCCCUGUGUGAGAAGCACAAUCAGGUCCUGGCCCUGUUCUGUGAGAAGGACCUGGAGCUGCUGUGUCCCCAGUGCAAAGCCUCCUCCGACCACCAGGACCACCCCCUGACGCCCAUUGAGCAAGCUGCGGCCCGCCACAGGAAGAAGCUCAAAAGCUACAUUGAGCCCCUGAAGAAGCAGGUUGAAGAUGCCGAAAAGGGGUUAAAAAUGCAAGUCUCAAAAUUAUUUCAGUUGAGAUGGAAGGUCGAAAACCGAAGAUACAAACUGCACUCUGAAUUUGAACAAUUUAGGCAUUUCUUGGGAAAGGAGCAGGGUGCAAUUCAUAUUAGGUUAUUAAUUGAAGAGAACCGUGUUCAAGAAAAAGUAAUUGAAGGCAAAAACCAGAUGUCAGACUACCAUUCCACACUCAGGAGUCUGCUUAGUGCAAUAACCGAGAAGUGUUUGCAGACAGACCUAGAUUUACUGACCGGCAUUGAAAGUAUCCACAACAUGUAUGAACACCUAGAGACCCCAGCAGCCUUUUCAUAUAAAUUAAGGAAGGAGAUUUGCAGUCUCCCCCCACAGUAUUUUGGGCUGCAGAAAAUGAUCAGCACAUUUCAGGUCGAUUUGACCCUCGAUCCCGAAACUGCCCAUCACAACCUUCUUAUCUCGCAAGAUAGGAAGACGGCAACGUUUCAAAAGAUGAAACCGAGUGAUGCUCGUAAUCCCCAAACAUUUACUACUUACCCAGCUGUGCUGAGUUGUGAGGGAUUUGAUGCUGGCAGGCAUUUUUGGCAGGUAAAAAUAAGAGGCCUAGGCGAAUGGUCCUUGGGUGUGUGUAAGGAGUCUUUCCCCAGAAGGGCUCUUAUAUCACCAGUGCCAAACAAUGGCUGCUGGCAAAUCCAGUUCUGGACCAGUACGGAUGGCACAGAGGAUUCAGUAAACCUCAAGCACAUUGGCAUUUUUCUGGACUAUGAGUUAGGAGAAAUUUCGUUUUACAAUUUGAGUAAUAAUUCACAUUUAUAUACGUUCAGUGAAUUUUUUUCAGAAAAACUUAUGCCUUAUUUUUCCAUUGGGCCGUCUUCAAAAUCGCUUACGAUAAGUCUAGUCAAAGAUGAAUCCUGA